CAAUAUAAGUGUUUGGGGACUAGCCUUGCGAUCGUCAUCUGCCCCUUCCCCCACGUACGCUUGUGUGUUCUGUCUUCUCCCACACGCGCCCUUACCGAGUGUGUGUUGUACCGGACCAGCGGUGAUCGUACUACCAGAUGCCGCGGUGAUAUCCAGGUAAAAGAGCCAGCAUGUUAGAGGAAGAGAUAGAAGAUGUAGAGCUGUCGUCUCGCGGGGACUACGAUGGCCCGGUGACCUUCCAGCCGUUCAGCGACAACGACACGACCACUCUGUUCCAAGAUCUCGAGAGAGAGCUGGAGAAGAUGGUCCAGAAAUACCGAGUACCUCCGACCGACCUUGAGAACCUGUUCCAGGUUUGUCAGAACUCUUUGAAAUAUGAUGGCACCGAGUCGAUAAGAGACGUGAGGCUGAGUCAUUACUUGAGGAGCAGAAGAGAGAACUGGAAGACCUGUGGAAGAACGAGAAAGACAAAUCUAAAGUGGCACAGCGGAGAAAGUUGGAGCUGGAGUGUCGAAUGGAAGAAGAGAAGCUGAGGCUGCGAUUCUGGGAGAAGGGAAGGGGCCCCUCUCACUGAGAGUGACCAGCGGCAUCUCUACAGACCAAACUGAAACAGGCCAUUGAGCACAAAUCGUUUGUUGAACAGGAGCUGAUCCGCCUGAAGGAAAAGACUGUUAGAGAUGAACAAGCCCGGAGAGACCUACUGGACAUCUACAAGAACCAGCAGUACGACAAAGCCCGGCGCUCCUCUCUCAGACGAGGAGCCUCCCUCAGGUCCGUCCACCGUAAGCUCCCCAUCGUCCCCAGCUCCUGGGAGCCCGGUGGCGGGCACCUCGGCUUCAAACAGACUGAGAGAAUACAGACCACUCCCGACUCAUUCCAGUCCUCUGAGGACUCUUUUCCACACAGUGUUGCCUCCGGGACAGGAUCAGGGGCAAGUGAACCACGCAGUCGAGGAGUGUCACAGAGCGUUAGCUCGUCAGCUGCACCCUUUUCACCGCCGCAUGCCACUGCCAAUACUUUGGAGAUGGAGCUGGAGAGGGAGAGAGGGGAACAAGAGAAGGAGGUGGAAAGAACUGAAGGAAGCGAGAGAGAGCAGCAGUACACUAGGUCUUAUUCUGGCUUUGGCGAAAGCUAUGAAGAGAUGCCAAUGGGGAUGCAGCCCCCUCCUCCCCCUGGGCCGGCAACAGCCUUGUCUUCCUCGGAGGAGAGUGAGGACGAAGGAGCACCAAUUGCACCCGAGAACAGAGAAGAAGGAAUGUCACUGGAGGAGGAGCUGAUGGAGGUAGUGAGUCCGGAGCUCAUGGCUCCGGCCCGGGCCGAGCUGGAGAUGCUCCAGAAGGAGAAGGAGAGCUGGAAGGAGGAGAAGGAGCGUCUGGAGAGGGAGAGGGGAGAGGCUCGGAGUGCCAGAGAGACAUUGGAAGGGCAGUACGCUCAGCUGCAAGUGGAGUACCAGCAGAUUCAGAGCAAGCACAAUGAGAUGAUGGAGGAACUAACUGGUGUCCGUCAGGAGAGAGACGAGGUACUGGAGAUGUAUUUGGACCAGCCAUUUGACGAUUACUGCAUCACGCGUAAGGAGCUGCUGGGCCUACUGCGCCGACACCACAAAACCACCAUCGAGCUCGAGAGAGAGAAAGAGGAGAAACAGAGGUUUGUCCUGGAAACUUGGUGUGUAUACAGUAUCUCUAUCACUGCACCCACACACGUACUAACACACUUUGUUCUCCAUCUCUGCAGACUUCAAAACCUCUUGGAUGCCAAGAAAUCCUUAUUUGAGAAGUACGACAUCACUAAUCACAUGAUUGACUAUUAUUAUAUUCACUAAUACAAGUUGCAUGAUAGUU